CGCUGCUGCGUUUCUCCCACGUCGGUUGUGAUUUCUUUGUGGAUUAUCCAUCGUACGAAACGUGUUGGAAUAUUUUGGCAGCAAAGAGAUCACCUCGGCAUUUUCCCCUUCAAAGCAAUUUGAUAUGGAGAGCUUAAUCUAUCCUUCUCCUUUACCUCAUCCUGCGAUUGUGGGGUCUGCCCCAGCAGCCGAGUCGCAAACCCAUCCACAUCCCUAUCUUUUCCCAUCACAGGGCACGUCCAAUGUUUCCCAAUUCAACCCUGCCCCGUUCGUCAACAACAGUCUCUUUGCCCCUGCUGCUGAACCUUGGACUCAAGCUGGUAUGAUGUCUAAUAAAAAGCGAAAAGGCGGGUGUGAUAGUGAUGAUGAGGAUACAGAUGAGCACCGCCCCAAGCGUCCUUCGGUUGCAGUAUUCCAGGCCUACGCUCCCGCGGAUUCUUCAUCUUCACCGACGACAUCUCUCCUUAAUUCUCUUGUCCAAGAUGCCAACACUGUUGUUCGGCGCCCACAAGGACCAACCGAUACUUUUGCGUCUACCCUUGCCUCUCCUUGGUGUCUCCCUGUGUACACCCAACCCAAAUCGGAGAGCGCGGUGAUAGUUGACGAUCCUUUGGAAGCAGAUAUGAUGGAUAUGGAAGAUGAACAAUGUGUUCCUGUCGAAAGCGUCAAUGCCAUUAGGGUAACUGGCAUUUGUGGAAUGUGAUAAAAGUCGUAUUUAUUUAGUGCCUUCUUGUGGAUGCUUUUUUUAGUUUCUUGUAGCUGUACAUUGGCCUUUUUAAUUUAACGUAAUUGUACAUUUCCCCUAUGAUGGUUGAAUGAUUUGAAUAAUGCAUAUAAUGCACUUUGCCAG